AUGUCCCAAGCUCAGCUCUCCAAGGCGGACGCCCAAGUCCUCGCUCAAGUCUUUGAUCCGGAAAGCGCUCCGACAAAGGUCGAAGUGAUCAUAGACCCAGAGCUGCCAACCGAUCGCCAUGUACAAGAUCAAGAGAAACUAAGUCAACUCAAGGCUCGAGAGAAAGAGGCCAUCUCCCUGAUAGACGAAGCCGAGAAGCAAAAGUCUACCAAGGAAACGGCCUAUCGAGACGCUUUAUCAAUUUUGGAUGACUUGAUUGAGGCGAACCCCGACUACGCAUCUGCUCGGAACAAUCGUGCUCAACUUCGCCGAUGGAUGUACGGUGAUCGCAACACACUUUGCCAGACCAGGUCAAGAAGAGACCUCGAGCGACAAUCAGCAGGUGAAGCGGCGGUAACGGACCUUCAAUCGUGUAUCGAAUUUGCAUCCCCGGCAAGGCAGCAAGAUGCAGUCUCACCAAGUCAAGGUCGUCUGCUUGCGCAAGCAUUCACACAGCUUGGCGCGUUGUAUUAUGCCGCAUCGAAAGAUUUGGAUCGUGAUCCUGCCGCAGAGUCUGUGGAUUUUGGUGGCGAGGUCUGGAGCCAGAGCAGGUUUGAGGAGGAAGCAUCACGGCUCUUCUAUCUUGGUGGGUUGUAUGGAAAUGAAGUUGCCAAGGCCCUCGCUGUGCACACGAACCCCCAUGCAAAGCUUUGCGGAAGCAUCGUGAAGGAAGCUAUGCGCAAAGAGUUGGCAGCAGCGCCGUGA